AUGGAAUUUAUUUGUCAUAUUCACCAUUUCGAUCAUGGAGAAACAUAUCGCAGUUGUCGUCAUCCUUAUGAUGAUAACGAGGAAUACAAUGCGAAGAGAUUAAAAUUGGACAAACAAGGCGAUAAAAUGUUUUUGAACAAAACUCAGAACAAUCAUCAUCAGCUCGUUUUUGUACCUUCAAAUGUUCGAAAAUAUAACGAAGCACCCAAGAACAUGCUAUUGAACAAAAAUAGGAAGUAUACAAACUCAACGAGGACCGUCAAUAAAUGGCAUGAAACAAAUGAACUUAUCCACAAAAAAUGGUCCAAUUAUAAAACGCAAAAUGCAGAGAUGGUAGUGAGUCAAUUUACAAAAGAUGUUUUGUCUGAGCAGCCAAACCUAAUAGCAAAACAAAAUUUGAUAGAAGGACUUCAAUGCGACAUAUGUGGAGUAAGGUUAAAAAAAGAUAAUCCAUUUCAAUCUCUAGAACUGGCUAAAGAUACAGAUGAAGAAAGAUUGAAGAGUCAUUUGCUAAAACAUUUGAGAAAUAGAGAAGAGACGAAAAUGCGUCAUCCAACUAUAAAUGAUUGGAUAAAACUUGAAACUUCUAAUGUCAAUGUUAUUUGA